UCAGUUUUGUCUCCAAUUUGUUAACAUCCGUUUUUCGUUUUUACGAAUUUUAAAAAAUUAUUUCUUGUUACAUUAUAAUAUUUGUUUACAACAUAAAAAAUUACUAAAUAUAUAGAAUUAAAGAAAAAUAAUUAGUUUUAAAAAUUAAAUUUAAAUUAUAAAUAAAUAAAUAAAAGAUAGUGUCGGUUUUUUUUUCGUUGAAAAUAUAUAAAAAAUGAGUAAUAAUGAAAAAGAUAUAUCAACAUUUAAGAAAAAAUGGAAUAGUUUAACAAAUGAUAUAAUUUGGAAAUUUGUUUUCGUUCAUGCAUUGUGGCACUCUAUUGCUAUUUAUGGAUUUUUCACAUUUCCUUAUUUAUCUCAUAAAUUGACCUUUUUAUGGAUGAUUAUUUAUUAUCUCUAUGUUGCUUUUGGAAUAACCGGCGGUGUUCACCGUUUUUGGACUCAUCGAGCAUAUAAAGCUAAACUACCCCUUCGAUUAUUUUUGGCUGGUGGAUAUUACAGUUCAGGCAUAUUCGGAAUAUACGAUUGGGUUAAAAUACAUAGAGUGCAUCAUAAAUACACGGAUACAGAUGCCGAUCCACAUAAUGUGAGUCGUGGAUUUUAUUUUGCCCAUAUUGGCUGGUGGAUGAAAAAAAAGAAUCCAGAAUAUUAUAAAAGAUUAAAAGAAAUUGAUAUGAGUGACAUAAAAGCAGAUGCAGUAGUAACAUUUGGUGACAAACAUUUUUAUAUAUUAACAAUUUUAUUGGGUUUCGUUUUACCGACACUUGUGCCAAUAAUUUUUUGGAAAGAAAAUUGGUAUUACGCGAUUUUAUCACAAGUCUUUAUGCGCUUUGUAAUGAUUUUAAAUGCAACUGGUUUAGUCAAUAGUGCAGCUCAUAUGUUUGGAUCAAAACCAUUUAACAGAAAUAUUGUGCCCUGUGACAAUCCAUUUGUUUCGAUUAUAUCAGUUGGAGAAGGAUGGCAUAAUUAUCAUCACGUUUUUCCCUAUGAUUAUCGUACAGGUGGAAUUGGAAAAUAUGAUUUUAAUUUCACAACAUUUUUGAUUGAUCAAUUUAAAAAAAUUGGCUGGGCUUACGAUUUGAAAACAGCAAGUGACGAUCUUAUUAUAGCGACAAUGAAAAAAAGAGGCGAUGGCAGUUUCACUACUGAAAUGUGGAAAGAAAUUCCUGAAAGCUAAAUAAAUUUCAAAUAAAAUUCUAUUGUAGAAAAAAUU